UUUUUCUUUCUUUUUUUUUUUUUAACAAAAAGAAGGAAACUCGUCUCUUUCUCUCUCUCUCUACCCCCCCCCCCAUUCCACUCUUUUUUUCUUCUUUCUUAUAUAUGAUGAAACCUAUUUCCUUCCUUUUCUAUCUUUUCUAUUUAACUGUUUUUGUGAAUGCAACAAAACCAGUGAUUAGUAAAAAUCAACGUUAUAUUAUCACGCUUAAACCUACGACUGAUAUUGAUGAUUUUAUUCCCAAUUUAUUAAAGGGUAUUUUCGAUUUAAUUGGUGAUGUGAUUGGUGAUAUUGGUGAUCUAUUGGAUGGUGCUCAUUUGGAUAAACGUACCAAUCCAGUUCAUAUUUUUGAAAGUUUUGAUAUUGAAGGUUCUUAUAAGGCAAUCAGUACCAAAAUUGAAAAAAAUGAUCUUUUAGGUUCCAUUUUGGGUCAUUUUGAUGAAAUCACUUCUAUUGUACCUGAUGAAAUCAUUCAAUUUGAAUUACCUAAACCUCAAUCACUUCAUCGUCGUUAUUAUAUGCGUAAUUCUCCCAUUGAAUAUGAAAGUCAUAUCACCAAAAAUACUUCUUCCUCUGAACCUGGAAAUAGCACAAAACCUCAUGUUCUUCAACAAACUAAUGCUCCUUGGAAUCUUGCUCGUAUCUCGGAACGAAAAUUAGAUACAAAGGCUCCUUAUCUUUAUCCUGAUACUGCUGGUACCGGUGUUCGUGUUUAUGUUAUUGACGACGGUAUCAACAAAGAUCACAAAGACUUUAAUGGACGCGCUUCUUGGGGAUACUCUGCUAUUGGUGACGGUGAUGAUGUACUUAUUGGUGGUGGCCAUGGUUCACAUGUGGCAGGUAUUAUCGGCGGUGAACAGUUUGGUGUAGCAAAGAAUGUUACCAUGGUCUCUGUUCAAGUUCUUAAAAAGAAUGGUCAAGGCUCUGUUUCUUCUCUUUUAUCAGGUAUUCAAUGGGCCGCUAAGGAUGCCAAAAAAUAUCCCAAAAAAUCUAUUGUCAACAUGUCUCUUGGUGUCUCCUCUCUUGCUCCAAGUGCAAAUACUUUGAAUGAUGCUAUCACUGCUGCUGCUAAAGGUGGAUUACCCAUUAUUGUUGCCGCUGGAAACUCUGGAACUGAUGCUUGUGACUAUGUACCUGCUGGUAAUCCUCUUGUUUAUACAGUCGGUGCAUCUGAUAACAAAGAUACUUUGGAUCCCAAGAGUUGCUGGGGAAAAUGUGUUUCUAUUAUUGCUCCUGGUGUUAAUGUCGAAAGUGAUUAUAUUGGUGGAACGAAUGCUACUGCUACCAUGUCUGGCACUUCGAUGGCUGCUCCUCAUGUUACUGGUAUUGCUGCAUUGAUUCUUCAAGAUUUACAUGACCCUACACCCAAGAAUUUAUUUGCUGCUCUUACAAAAUACGCUACCAAAGGUGUCAUUCAACAAAAUCAACCUCACACUGUCAAUUUACUCGCUUUCAACGAUGUCACUUUAUCCAAAUCUGAUAACACUACCACCAAAGCACAACCCAGCAAAAAUAAAAAAUCCACUCACAAAAAGAAAUCUGGUUCCAAAAAGAAGAAGCAUACUCCCAAGAAGCAUGUUGCCAACAAAGACUAGAAUAUGUCAUGGAUUUGAUUUAGUUUUACUCUCCUCUUUUUUUUUUAUCCUGUACUUUUUAUUCCUGUACUACUUUUUAUUACAAUAAAGAACCCUGUUUUCUCCCAUUUAA